ACGACGCUGCUCGUAGCAGCGAAAAAAUCGAUAAUGGAAGCGCCAGCCGGCGAAGGCGCACGCGUCAAGCGUUACUGAUGCGUGUCAGCUGUCCCGGUCGUAACUAAAACGGGAAUACAGGUGUUCCUCGCUCCUUUUGCGACAGAAGUCUUCCAAUGCGGUACUGCGGUCCCGAUCGAACUUAAUGGCUUGCGACAAUCGCACGAAGGUGUAUCUCGGAUUCGAGGACGAGUACGUCGCCGAGAAGCACCGUUUCUCGCUGAGCUUCCAGACGAACAAGAUCGGCGGGCAUGCGAACUGUUACGGCAAGAACACAUUGUCGUCGCCACAAUGCAGACUCUGCGGUUUGUAUCAACUGCUGGCGCUGCAACUGUACGCGCCGUUAGAUAAUUCCAAGUACCAUCGGACACUAUACAUAUUCGCGUGCAUCAACCCGAACUGCUGGAAUCAAAACGAGAGCUGGACAUGCUUGAGGAUACAGCAUCUGGAGGAUGAGACCAAGACGAGCGCGUCGGAUUGCGGCAGCGUUAACGUGCCGUCCACGACGGCCUGGCUGUCGGAUGAGGAUGACUGGGGGGAUAACGUGAAUGACAACGCGUCCGAGCAGAAUGGGAAUAACAUGCUGGGGAACGAUCCCCUGUUUCACUUUUCUCUGCACAAGGAGAUAGACCAGGAUAUCCGGGAGGAGUUGUCCGUACUGCGCGUGGACGAUCCGAAUGCGAAUAGCCCGACCAGCGUGGAUUCUCCGGUCAGCGGGGGCGCCGUAGGUCGCUUGGAUUCUCCUCAGGCUUCCGCGGAGAUUGACGGAGAUGAGAGCGAGGUCGUGUGCAUCGACACCCCGACGCGACCGCAGUGUGAUCUAGUUAGUUUACUGCACGAGGUAACGCCGUUGCCGCUGCAGAUCACGAACGCGGAGACCAAGUACUCCUUCAUCGAGAUAUUCUUGUCGGUCGACGAAGAGGACUACAGCGCGGACGUGUCCCAGCACGUGCGGGAUCUGCUGGUCGAGUAUCAGCACAGCAACGUGGACGUGUCGACCAAGUUCAUGCCAGAAUCCGGCAAUCCCAAGACCAUCGACACGGAUGUGGAGAAGUACGAGAAGGGUAUUCCCAGGCACGGUGACGAGAUGUUCCAUAAUUUUGUUUGCAGAAUACAGAGGAAUCCCGGACAGUUACUACGAUACUCGAGGGACAACGCAGCACCGUUACUGCUGUACCCGCUAAGCGGAUGCAUCGGCAAGUGUCGGCACUGCGGCGACGAGAUGACGUUCGAGCUGCAAGUACUGCCGACGAUCAUACCGAAGUUGACGUUGCAUCCGCGCAGCGAACGGAAUUUCCAGAUCGAGUUCGGCACCGUUUUGAUAUACACCUGCGUGAGAAGCUGCUGGUCCGCGACCGACUCUUACCGGGAGGAGCAUGUCGUCGUUCAGGCGGAGAGAUUAUAGUCGUUAAGGUACUAACUACUAAGGGAAGAUUACGAGUGAAGCCAAGGUUCUUCCAGUGAUCCUAUAGAGUUUCGUAUUACACGCGUCUAGGACGACUAGUCAUGUUACGUCAGUAGAGAAAUACCGUCCACCACCUGUUCGUGUAAUACAUCAGAAGUCUCCUAAGUAGCGAGCGACGACCACGUUGAGAAAUAGCCGAACAAAGCGGAUCAAUCGGAAGCGGACGUAUGGGUGAGUGGAUAGAUGGAUGGAUGGAUGGAUGGAUGGGUAAGUGGAUAGGUGGGUGAUGACGAAGUCGAGAUGCGCGAGGAACGAACACGAAGAGCGGUAUUCAUAGUCUGCUUUGUGUUUUGCAACACUCAAGUUUAUUCGAUUAUUUAUUAAUUAUUAUUAUCGUCUUCAGUUUAUUUUAAGAUAUUGCACGAGCCGUUUCAUUGGCUCUCUACGAAGUGUCCGAAGGUGAAGCUAAGACGUUAUUUAGAUAAAUAAAUGUAUAAAAUCUGACUAUGCGAAUACCACCUCAAGUAUGUCAUACGAAUGUGAUUUGAUGACAUUGUCUGUGAACGCGGAGUAUUCGAAACCGUCAAAAAUAUGCUAGACUUUAAAUGAACGAGGUAUACUUAAAGUACGUAUUAAGCGUUUAUUCGAUACAUCGAAAGGGGUGCUCGACAUGUAGCGAAUCGGAUUCAAAAACCUGCCAGUUCUUCCCUUUACUUUCGGCUUCGCUUCCCUUGUCGGAGAGGACGCGCUCACUUCGUCCGGUUAUUUCUCACGUCCACGACGACGAUGGCGGCGGCGGCGGCGGCAACGACGUAGCGAAAGAGUCACAAGCAUGCACUUUUCGAGUUAUACUUGUCGAGCGUUAUGCGAAGAAUCUAGGGAUGCCCGUGAUAGAAGAGUCUGAUUAAGAGCAUUUAUUUUACUUUUCGACUCGAUCUUAGUACGUAAGGUAUGACUGUACAAUUGCUACUGGCGUAUAAAUACACAGAAGAGCUCGAUGGAA